AUGCAGAUUUUGCCCUUGACAAGGUCAAGGCAUGCGGUGACUUUUGAAGAAAGGAAAUGUGCAAGAGAAGGAAGGCAAUACACGGAGACAGCCUGGAAGGAGACCGCCCGGUGGUGGUUAAGAUUUCUAAUGAUACUUGGAUUCAGAGAGUUGUGCAUCAACGAGAAUGAAUGGUUUGGGGCCUCUGGUGGUUCACCUUUGGAGACUGCUAGAGCUAUGGGCUGGGUGUGGUCUCCAUCAGGGACUGGGCCCCCUUCCCGGCCCCCCGUGGAAAAUUAUCCCAACCCAGGACCCUCCACACGGAGCCUGGUCACCUCUAGGACCCCUGUGUCAAGAUCGCCAAACCCAAUUCAGUUUGGGAAAAGGAGCAGAAGGAAAGGAGAGGAUUCCUAG